AUGGAAGAGAUCAAGAUUGAUGCUAUGGGAGAGAUCCUUAAAAAUGGCACAAUAAAUAUCUCAGCUCCUCUCCUGUAUGCUUCUUUUGAGCUGCGGACGUUUGAUGUGCCAGGGGAAAAACUUCAGUAUCAGCCAACAGUGUUCCUUAUUCAAUCUUUGGUGAAGGAGCGAUCUCUAGGGAUCAAACAACCGCCAGGCACACUAAGCCAAGAUAAGGUGGAGCAUCCCAUUGCAGUGGGCAAGUUUGAUGUCAUGGAAGAGCAAUAA